AUGUCCGGCUUAUUUGGUUCAGCGGCAGCGACAAGCUCGACAAACGCGGCCAAUACCCUCGGUGAUCUUUCGAAAGAUAUUCCUCUCAAUAAUCCACCAGAAGAUAGUAUUGCUGAUCUUGACUUUUCGCCGGUAUCCGAACAUCUUGCUGUCGCGUCAUGGGAUAAGAAAGUGAGGAUCUAUGAGAUCUUGUCAAGCGGGCAGAGUGAAGGCAGGGCAUUGUUUGACUUUGAGGGGCCAGUAUUCAGUUGUCACUGGUCAAAGGAUGGAAAGAAAGUAGUUGGCGCGGGAGCGGACAAAACUGCGCGUGUGAUGGAUCUUGAAAGCAACCAAACAGUAUCGCAAGUCGCCGCGCACGAUCAACCCAUAAAAGCCGCGAGAUUUUUCAAUGCUCCCCAAACAAACGGCGAAUUGCUGGUGACUGGAUCUUGGGACAAUACCAUCAAGUAUUGGGAUUUAAGAACUCCUAAAGCGGUCAUCUCGGUGAACAUGAACCAUAAAGUCUAUACAUUGGAUGUGCAGAAGAACCAUUUGGUUGUUGGAACCGCAGAGCGAUUUAUCAAUAUCGUCGACUUGAACUUCCCAGACAAGAUCAAAAAGACUAUUCAGAGUCCUUUGAAAUGGCAAACCAGAGUUAUUAGCUUGUUCCCGGAUGCUACAGGUUUUGCUGUUGGUAGUAUUGAGGGAAGAUGUGCGAUUCAAUAUGUUGAAGACAAGGACGCCAGUAUGAACUUCUCCUUCAAAUGCCAUCGCGACCCAGCCUUAAAUAACAUGACCAGCGUCUACUCCGUAAAUGCGAUAUCCUUCCACCCUAUCCACGGUACUUUUAGUACCGCUGGUUCCGACGGCACGUUCCAUUUCUGGGACGGAAUCGCCAAGCACAGAUUGAAGGGAUACCCAAAUGUUGGAGGCACCAUUUCAGCUACAGCAUUCAACCAUACAGGAGGCAUCUUUGCUUAUGCUGUGAGCUACGAUUGGAGUAAAGGGUAUGCAAGCAACACACCGCAGUAUCCAAAUAAGAUUAUGUUACAUCCCGUAAAUGCGGAUGAGUGCAAACCCAGGCCAAGUGUCAAAAAGAGGUAG